AAAUCAGCCGCCGCCAUGUAUGGGUUUGUGAAUCACGCCCUGGAGCUCCUGGUUUUGAGGAACUAUGGACCUGAAGUGUGGGAGGACAUCAAGAGGGAGGCUCAGCUCGAUAUCGAGGGUCAGUUUCUUGUUCGAAUCAUUUAUGAAGACGCCAAAACAUACGACCUUGUUGCUGCUGCAAGUAAAGUCCUGAAGGUCGAUGCAGGAGAAAUCUUGCAGAUGUUUGGAAAAAUGUUUUUUGAAUUUUGUCAAGAGUCAGGAUAUGACACCAUACUGCGUGUGCUGGGCUCAAAUGUCCGUGAAUUCCUGCAGAACCUGGAUGCUCUCCACGAUCACCUGGGCACCAUCUAUCCCGGGAUGAGGGCUCCGUCGUUUCGCUGCACCGAUGCUGAGAAAGGAAACAACCUGAUCCUUCACUACUACUCCGAGCGGGAAGGCCUGCAGGAUAUUGUGAUUGGCAUCAUUAAAACUGUUGCUCAACAGAUCCACGGAACGGAGAUAGAGAUGAAGAUGAUCCAGCCUAAGAGCGAGGAGUGUGACCACAUCAAGUUCCUGAUCGAAGAGAAGGACUCGGAGGAGGAGGCCUUCUAUGAAGAUCUCGAUGGCUUCGAGGAGAACGGCACUCAGGAGACCCGCAUCAGCCCGUACACGUUCUGCAAGGCCUUCCCGUUCCACCUCAUGUUCGAUAAAGACCUCAUGCUCACUCAGUGUGGGAACGCCAUUUACAGAGUCCUGCCACUGCUUCAGCCUGGUUCCUGUAUCCUCCCGUCAGUGUUUUCUUUGGUCCGGCCUCACAUCGACUUCAGUUUUCACGGCAUCCUGUCCCACAUCAAUACGGUUUUUGUUCUGCGGAGCAAGGAGGGCCUGCUGGACGUGGAGACGGUGGAGAACGAGGACGAGCUGACGGGGGUGGAGAUCAGCUGUCUCAGGCUGAAAGGACAGAUGAUUUAUCUGCCCGAGGCGGAGAACAUCCUUUUCCUCUGCUCUCCCAGUGUGAUGAACCUGGAUGAUCUGACUCGAAGGGGUCUUUACCUGAGUGACAUCCCUCUGCAUGAUGCCACGCGGGACCUGGUGCUGCUGGGAGAGCAGUUUCGUGAAGAGUACAAGCUGACCCAGGAGCUGGAGAUCCUGACGGACCGUCUCCAGCACACACUGCGAGCCUUGGAGGACGAGAAGAAGAAAACUGACAGGCUGCUUUACUCUGUCUUGCCACCAUCUGUUGCCAACGAGCUGCGCCACAAGCGCCCCGUUCCAGCAAAACGCUACGACAACGUCACCAUCCUGUUCAGCGGCAUCGUUGGGUUCAACGCGUUCUGCAGCAAGCACGCUUCGGCGGAGGGAGCCAUCAAGAUCGUCAACCUGCUCAACGACGUUUAUACACGCUUCGACAUCCUGACCGACUCCCGGAAGAACCCUUACGUGUACAAGGUGGAAACAGUUGGUGACAAGUACAUGACGGUGAGCGGCCUGCCGGAGCCGUGCACGCACCACGCAAAGUCCAUCUGCCACCUCGCUCUGGACAUGAUGGAGAUAGCCGGGCAGGUGAAGGUGGACGACGAACCUGUACAGAUUACGAUCGGCAUCCACACAGGGGAGGUGGUGACGGGGGUGAUUGGUCAGAGGAUGCCCAGAUACUGCCUGUUUGGAAAUACAGUCAACCUGACAAGCCGGACGGAAACCACCGGAGAGAAGGGAAAAAUAAACGUCUCUGAGUACACGUACAGGUGUUUGCAGUCUGCGGAGAACGCUGACCCUCACUUCCACCUGGAGUACCGCGGUCCGGUCCCCAUGAAGGGAAAGAAGGAACCCAUGAAGGUCUGGUUUCUCUCCAGGACCAGCAGCGACUCAGAGUCCGGCUCAGUUAAAGCCUGAUCAGUUCCCACCGCACACGUGGGCUCAGUAACGCCUCGAGGAGUUUUAAUGAGGGGCGUGACCAAUACAAAGUGAUUAUCCUUUCAGAAUAGGUAAAUAUUGUUACUGUAGUUAGAAGCACAAGUGUUUCCCCUAAUUCUGCCGACCCACAUAUGAGCUGACGGUGUUUUAAGUGUUGGUUCGUGGUGAAGCUCUAGAUGUUUUUCAUUCAGCUAUGAACAACUCUGUAUGGCCGUGGCUGAAGUCACUCAGUGAGGUCAGGUUCUGGUGCCAAAUGUGUGCCUAUUUCUGUUAGAUUCUGGUGCCAAACUUGUGCCUGUUUCUAGAACCCGACAGAUAUUAAAUUUGGGAGGGGAAGGCUAACGCUGAUAACAGAUAUAAUGGCUGAAAAUUUUGAGUUUUGUCCACCCCCAAUAAUCUAAAUAAAUAGCUGCUUUUAAACCAGUUUUAACUAGAGUCCGACCGAUAUAUGGAUAGGGCUGAUAUUUUAAACUGAUUUAUCCGUUUAGGAACAUAUCGUAUUGGUGAUAGUUGGCCCAUUAUUCAAGGAAUCAAGGUUCUUUACUGUCAUUUGCAUCACAUGUGGUACAUGAGGUGGAACAAAAUUGUGUACAC